AUGGCGAGCAAUACCCAAGAAGAUCCCAAGCCAGAUGGCGCUGCCUUUGAUGAGUUCUUUGAUAGCAUUGGAACGAAAGCAGAAAACCUCACGAUCAACAAAGAUGGCAAACCCGCCACCAAUGGCAACGAGUCAACAUCUCUUGAAGCGACCUCUGGAGAGCAACCAGAUGACAAUGAGCCCAGAGUAGUGGACGAGAUAGAGAGUUUAUGCAUGAACUGUCAGGAGAAUGGAAUCACUCGCCUCCUCCUUACUCGAAUACCCUUCUUCCGCGAAAUCAUCAUAAUGUCCUUCUACUGUCCACACUGCAACUUCAAAAACGCCGAGAUCCAAUCCGCAGGAGAGAUUCAGCAAAAAGGUGUCCGAUAUGAGUUGCGCCUCACCUCUGCCGCAGACUUCGCCCGGCAAGUGGUCAAGUCUGACAGCUGCAUCGUUAAGUUCAUUGAACUCGAUAUCGAAGUCCCAGCUGGGCGAGGGCAGUUGACAAAUGUGGAAGGACUACUCAGCAUGAUUCUGGAAGAUCUGGAACUACAGCAGCCCGAGAGAAAGGAACAGAUUCCAGAGGUUUGGGCCAAGAUCGAAGAGAUUGUGGCGCGGGGCAAGAAGAUGAUUGCAGGAGAGAGUUUCCCAUUCCGUUUAUCACUCGACGACCCAGCCGGCAACUCGUGGAUUGAACCAGAUCAGAAGGACGGCGUGGGCAAAUGGUCAAAAGUCGAAUACGCACGCACAGCGGAACAGAACGAAGCUAUAGGACUCGGCGGUGGAGAGGAGAAGGCGGAGGCACAACCACAGGCAACAGGGCAACCUACAGCAGCGAGUUUCGAAGAUGACGACAUUAUACCAAAUGAAGUCUACUCUUUCCCAGCGACGUGUCCUGGUUGCACAAAAUCCUGUACCACAAACAUGAAGAUGGUGGAAAUCCCGCAUUUCAAGCAAGUGGUCAUUAUGAGCACGGUAUGCGAGCAUUGCGGCUACCGCUCCAACGAAGUGAAGACGGGAGGAGAAGUACCCGAGAAGGGCAAGAAGAUUACUCUGAAAGUCAACGGGGCUGUAGAUCUUGCACGAGAUAUCCUGAAGUCCGAGUCCUGCGCCUUGGAAUGUCCGGAGUUACAUCUUUCAGUCAAUCCCGGCACACUAGGAGGAAGAUUCACUACGGUAGAGGGUCUUUUGACGCAAGUCAGAGAUGAUCUGCACCAACAGAUCUUCGACGUCGGGGACGAGGUUGGAACGGGUGGCGAUUCUCUGCCUUCAGAAGCUAAGCAAAACUGGAAGAAGUUCUUCGACGAAAUAAACGAGGCCAUCAAAGGCGAGAAGCAUUUCACGGUCAUCUUGACAGAUCCAUUGGCCAGCAGUUAUGUUCAGAACCUUUGCCUGCCAGACCCUGACCCGCAGAUCGAGUCAGAGGAAUACGACAGGACAAAGGAGGAAGAAGAAGAUUUAGGUCUGACGGACAUGAAGACUGAGGGCUAUGUGGAUGAGGUUGGGGAGGAGAAGAAUAAGAGGUUAGAGGCAGAGAGAGUUAAUGGUAGUAACGGCUAA